AUGUCGCUAAUUCCAAAUAUUCUAAACUUUUCUGGAAGGGAAACACGAUAUGGGGGGACCGGGGCCGGACCGUCUUCCAGUGGACGAGCCGACCAGGAAAAAGUUGUUCAGAUGCAGGCACAAGUUGAUGAGGUCGUGGACAUAAUGCGGAAUAAUGUUGAUCUGAUGCUGGAUAGGGAUCAGAAGCUGUCGGAGCUGGAUUCGCGUGCAAACGCCCUUAAGCAAGGAGCUAAUGGAUUUGGGAGAACAGCCGACUCUUUAAAGAGGAAGUUCUGGUGGCAGAAUUUGAAGAUGAUGAUCCUACUCGUGAUUGUAAUAAUUGUGGUUCUGAUCGUGAUUGGAUUCGCAAUUUGGGGAGGGCAUUUGAAAUGA